UCCGCUUUUAGUUUUCCUCUCUGUUAUGCUGCUCGGGUGACCUCAAAACUGUGCAUUGCCUUGAUGUACUGUUUGGCAAGAGUGUUAAUAAUAUCAUUUAAUUAUAUUUCGAGUUUUAUUUCAUAAGCCUUAUCUGUCUUUUGAAAUUUGAAAGCAGUUUACGUUUGGCACUUUGAGUCAUGGCCACACAGGUUUUACAGGGAUUCAGGUGUCUGAUGUCCAGGACGUUCAUCCACCACAGGUUUCACUCAAACCACAGCUCCUGCCACAUCCUGUUAAAUAAUGGAAAUGUCUCUCAGCUGAAUGUAGCCUUGGCAUGCAGAAGUCCCGUAUUUCCCAGUGUGAGGACACUGUCUUCUCUCCCUCCACCACCUUCGCCCAGGGACAAGAAAACUACAGAGAAGAAGUUUGGUCCAGUCACUUGGAAAUCUCUUGCUGUCACUUUUGCCCUGGGUGGGACUCUUCUUCUGGGCAUGAAAUACUUUAAAAAAGAGAAAGAAGAAAAGUUUGAGAAAGAGAGAACAAGGUCUUUAGGGAAACCAGCCCUUGGAGGUCCAUUCUCUCUUAAGGAUCACAACAGUAAACCUACAAAAAGUGAAGAUUAUCUUGGCCAGUGGGUGCUCAUCUAUUUUGGAUUCACACAUUGUCCAGAUAUCUGUCCUGAUGAACUGGAGAAGAUGAUUGAAGUCGUGGAUGAAAUAGACAGGAUAACGACACUCCCAGAUUUAACACCGAUUCUCAUCACAAUCGAUCCGGAAAGAGAUACACCCGAGGCCUUGGCAGCAUAUGUCAAAGAGUUCUCACCAAAGCUGAUCGGCAUGACAGGAACACUGGCACAAAUCGAGCAGGUCUCCAGAGCCUAUAGAGUGUACUACAGUCAGGGUCCAAAAGAUGAUGACAACGACUACAUUGUUGAUCAUACAAUCAUUAUGUACCUGGUUGGUCCCGAUGGAAAGUUUGUAGACUAUUAUGGCCAGAACAAGAAAUCAGCAGAGAUCUCCUCUUCCAUCGCGUCACACAUGAGGAAGCACAGACAGGCCAAGUAGUGAAAGAUGGACUUCUUAUGGACUCAACCUCAGAGACUGUUGUUUACAGAAAAUGUUUUUUUUUUUUUUUUUUUGUUAAACGUUUCAUAAUAUGAAACAGGUCUUAAAUGAAAUAUAUUUCUGUUAUUUUUAUUUUACUAAGAUUGAAGAAGGAUUCUGACUUACCAUAGUGCUUUUGAGUUAUAAGUGGUGUAAACCUUUGAUCUCCUUCAAUACUAGAAACCAGGCAGAUCUAUUAAUAGUUAUAUCUUUUAUAUCAUGCAUUUUAUGUGCCCAAAUUCUGUUCAAGCUGUUCUCAGAUUUAUUUGGUAACAGAUACAGUAGGAGAACAUUUCUAUGUCCUAACCUGCUGGAAAGGUGAUGUUUUUCUCCCUCCAAUUUCUGAUCUGUGGUCAGGCUGCUUUUUGGGAACCAAUAAAAAUGAUGGCCAUCGCUAAA